AUGGCCGAUCCAAUAUCAAUUGCGGGACUGAUCGUGGAUGUCGGUAUGAUAAUCACGGCCACCAUAACCUACGCAAAAGCAGUACGAGAUGCAAGGUCCGACACUCAAAAAUUGAGUGAGGAGCUUUUUGCGCUUAAAGGGAUACUGGAACAUCUUUCAGUACACAUCAAGCCUGAAGAUUCGGAAAAAUUGCCGUCUUACUCAGAAGCUAUGGCUUUUGACCCCGAGCUACUAAGCAGCACCCUGAAGACCACCCAUGAGUUCCUAAAGUCUCUCCUUCAUGACCUUGAAGAACCAGCGGGCAAAUUCAAGCAACUGAAGAAGAAGCUGGAAUGGCCAUUCACUCAAGAUCAAUUCAACGCCUACCUGAGCCGCUUAGAAAGAGUCAAGUCAUGGUUGAUUCUUGUUCUUACGAGUGACAGUGCUGCCCUUCAACGGGACUUACACAAAGAAAUAACGAAUCUUGCGAGCUCUCUCGAGGAUGACUUGAAAAUUCGAAAGGACGAACGGAUCCAGACAGCCCACAAGGAUCUUUUUCACUGGUUGGCUCCCGUCAGUCCGAACCAUAUUCACAUGCGAGCUUCCAAGGGACGCGGCAGUCAAACAGGGGCAUGGUUUAUUGAUCGCACAUUCAAAGAUUGGCUAUGGAACCAUGGCGCGUACCGGAAUAUUCUCUUCCUCCUGGGCAAAUCUGGAACCGGAAAGACAACGCUUUUUGCGCACGCUGUUGAUGAAUUGGUUUCUAUGACUACAAAAGGCCAAGAGAUCAAUUUCGCUUACUUUUACUGCACUUUCGGCGACACUGCGUCUCAGGACCCAGUGAAUAUUCUAGGAUCAUUUGUGGCCCAGCUUUCUGAAUCGGUACCCUCGAUAUUGGAUAGUAUUUGGCCACUCUACGAAGAAAAUGCCAAGAAUCAAUCACACAGGCACCCGGUCGAUCUUUCUACCCUCGAGGAUGCCAUCGUCAAGGCUACGUUCGGCAAAAGACCAAUUGUACUUCUCAUCGAUGCAAUUAACGAAAGCUCUCAUAUGGAAUACAUCAAACGUUCUCUAUUAAAGCUCUCGAGCCAGUCUUCAAAUAUCCGUAUUCUGGUGACUGGUACGGCCGAGGUGAUUUCCGAACGCCAUGCCAGCAUAGUCUAUAUGAAUGCUAGCAUUAUACGAAACGACAUCGACACCUUUGUACAUUACAGAUUGGAACAUGACGACAUGUUGAGAAACCUAAGCGCUAAGCUCAAAGACGAAAUUUGGAGGACCUUGGUCAAGGGCGCCGACGGAUCGUUCCGCUGGGCACAACUAUCUCUAGACAGCCUCAGUACAAAGCGAACUCCCAAGGCAAUUCGAAAAGCAUUGCAGACAUUACCAGGCACACUGCGCGAAACAUAUGUCAACAUCCUGGAAAGAAUCGAGCCCAGUGACUGGGAGCUCGCCCGCGCGGCGCUUUUCUGGCUCAGUUUCUCCAAGCGAACGCUCACCCUGCGCGAGCUCAACGUGGCAGUUGUGCUGGAGGAGACAUGCACUGUCUUUGACGAUGAUAUGGAACUAGUGUCUCCACGGAUCCUGCUCCAGAUCUGCCAGGGACUCAUCACGCAAGACAAAUUUGGAUCUGUGGUCCUGGCCCACGCUUCUAUCAAGGACUUCCUCACAUCUGAGUGGAUUAGUUCAUCCAGGGUGAAAUAUUUUAGUCUGGACCCUACGACCGCCGACCAAAUCAUUAUGCGCCAAUGUCUCACUUACCUCUGUCUGGAGAACUUCCGGCCUGGAGCUACGCCGUCUUCUCAAAUGACUCACGAGCGCGAAAAAACCCACCUUUUUUUGAAAUAUGCGGCGCAGUUUUGGGCCACACAUGGCUUGUCGUGUGAAUUCGACGGCUAUGAUCGUGAGCUCGUCAAGCGUUUGUUUGAUUCCAGACAUCUUCCUAAUCGAGGCAACUUCGGAGUAUGGGUGCAAACACUCGUCGGAGAUGUGAGCUUUGAGAGUAUUCAGUCCACGGAGCCAUUGUACUACGCGGCGUCAUUCGGAUUGGUGCCAGUUGUCAAGGCCAUCCUUGCCUCCGACCCGGAACUCGAUAUCAAUGCUCGGGGUGGACGCUUCAGUUCAACACCUCUGUUCGUUGCAUGCUGGCGGUCGAAUUAUGAAGUAGCGCAGCUCCUCCUUAAGGCAGGGGCAGAUCCAAAUCUUGUAGACAGCUCCGGGCUGACGAUAUUUUCGUUGGCGACGUUGACCCACAACCAAGAUCUUCAAAAAAUUCUGCCCAAGGAUUCAGUGCGAAAGGCAAAGCACCCAGGGGAUUGGCAUGGGGUUCCUGAGGUCUUUGAAUAA